GACACGCAUGAUCAUUGGUGUUGAUUUCUGACAUCUUUUGAAGGCAAUUAAUGCAAUUGGUGUAUAUGUUGGUGAUGAAUUGAUACCCUGUCAGAUCUCUGAAUUGAUACCACGACAACGACAAUUCCUCGCAUACGAACACUACGCUACACCACACCACUACAUCUCAUAUACACGACACAUCGACACCACCUCUACCUCUAGUUCUCCUCUCCAAAGACAUACAUACGCCACACGAACAGUCACCAAUCCUUCAGAAUCAACCUCCAAAAUGUCCUCCACAACCCCUCAGACCGACUCUACCACACCCAAACCAAAAUACAACCUCCGCAACCCCCUCCCCCUCUCCGCCGCCCAAGAAGCAGAAGUAAAGCAACUCUACUACAAGCGCGUGCGAUCUCUCUGUGCGCCUGAAAUCAAGGCAUUCGCCGAAUGCGCCGUCAACCGCACAAUAACAGCAACAUGGGUAUGUCGGGAACAACGACUGGCGAUGAACGCGUGCAUGGUGGCGCAUGCGAAGCCGGAGGAAGAGGACCGGGCGAGAGAGGAGUGGUUUGCGACGCAUGAGGAGCGGAGGAAAGCCAAAGAGGAGGAGCUUGCGAAGGUGGAGAAGAGGAGGGAGGAGGUGAUUCGCAUGAUGAGGGAGGACCAAGCGAGGCAGGCUGCUGCUGCUGAGAAGAAAUAGAGGGAGUUGGGUGGGUGUAUGAUGUGUUGUGUAUGAUGUGUUGGGGGUGGGGUUGUGUGUGGUGUGUGGGUUGGCGUAUAUAGGUAUCCUCCUCUUUUUUUACCUCUUGUCUUACUGCUGGUUCCGGCGUUCUGUUUGGCAUUUACAGAUAUGGUGUGUAUUCAUUGUUACUUGUAUAGUAAGUAGUAGCUGGUGGUGAUGUGUUGGAUGGAGCAUCGAUAGAUGGAUGGAUGAUAUGGAAAAGGAAAAGGAAAAGGAAAAGAAAG